AUGUCUCCAAACCAAGAGUGGGAGAAUAUUUUCAAGGGCAACGCCUUUGUCAAUCAAUACCAGACCGGCGAAAGGGUCACCGGCACCUUUGCUCGGCCUCUGAUCGAGCAGAGCAGGUUGAUUGACUACACCAAGUCCAACCCGGACAAGCCUUUGGUGGUCCUGGAUAAUGCUUGUGGUACUGGAGUUGUCUCCAGCAUUCUUCACCAUGAACUGGACGACAGUGUCAAAAGGAACUGGCGGUUGACCUGCGGGGAUAUCUCGGAGGGCAUGCUCGAGUGGACCAGACACCGAAUGCAAGAGGAGGACUGGCAGAACGCGGAGACCAAGACGGUCGAUAUGCUGAAGACUGGAUUGCCCAAUGCGCAUUUCACGCACGUCUUCACGGCUUUUGCUUAUAUGACACUGCCCGACUCUUCGGCUGCUUUUGAUGAAACUACUCGAAUCUUGCAGCCCGGUGGAACAAUUGCUUUCUCCACAUGGAUAGAGCCCGGUUGGUUGUCCAUUGUGAAAAAGGCCGUGGAAACCAUACCAGGAAACCUGCCCUUUCCCACUCACCAGGAAUUUCUAUCAGUCAUGCGCAACGGCGAAUGGCACUCUGUGUCUUGGAUUGAAUCCCAGCUUAAGCAGCGAGGAUUCGAAGACAUCAAUGUCCAAGCUGAUUUCAAGAAAAUCUCUCUUCGGGUGACGCAGCUCGUGGACAUGACGAUGGUUAUGUUCCCGAUGGUGGCCAAGUUUUUUUGGUCAGAGAAACAGCGGGAGGAAGACCAAAGCAAAGUUCGUCCGGCGCUGACCAAGUACCUGGAGGAUAUCUACGGCAAAGACGGGGAUGUGCCGAUGGACUGGACGGCUAUUCUCUCGACUGCUCGCAAGCCAUACUAG